CUAGGUUUCCAGCAGUGUAGAAGCUCUCUCAUUCAUUUUAUCCUUAAGUUUACAUUAUCUAUGUAUUCUUUCACUUUCUUUGUGUUGUAUUUAGGAUCACAUUCUGUAUUUUUUUAUAUAUCGGUAUUUACAUUUUGAGUGUUUAAACAGUUUGAGCUAAUUGUUUGGAUGUUGCUGGCAAAGCUUUAUUAAAAAGAUAUUUACACCUCUGGUGUAGCCAAUAAUUCUCAGUAUUACAUUCACAUUUAGCCAUGCGGUACAGUAGAAGUUUUGAUUCCAGCAACCAGAGGAAUUAGAUAUGAAACUUUGUGGUGAAUGAUUCUAUAUGCAUUACCCGUAAUGAAAAUAAGUAACCUUUAACUAAGUAGCUUUGUUUACUCAAGUACUGUUAGGUAGAUGCAGAGUUUACCGAGAGAAGUAUUAUAACUAUUUAUCAAUUACAAUUUUAGCAAAUACUUCAUUACUUUUUAUUUUCUAUAUUCUGCAGUUUUGUUACUUUUGUGUAUUUCAUAUAAAAUGUACAAGUAUCACUGAAGGCUUUAUAGAUAAAUCAUUUCUAAUGGCUUUGAGGCACAAGCAGGUUUAUCAGGAUGCAGUGCUCUGUGCUGUAAGUAGCCCUCGAAGGCUGAAAGGAGUCUGGGUCUCAUUAUAUGACAUUCCUUUAGCUUAGACCAGAAAAGAUCAGCAGUUUCAGAGAGAAGCUGCUUUUGAUCUCCGUACAAGGUUCAAGCUCCUGUUGCACUUUGAAACGUCAACUAAGGUUUUUGUCACAGUCAUCAAAUGCAAACAUAAAUAAAUCAAUUCAAUUUUUAAAUGACAAUCUCAUUCUCACUCAGACAGAUUGUGAUCCUGGUUUAGGUAAACUUAAAAGAAAUAAAAAAAUCAAAUAAUAAGUCAUUCAGAAAAUAGGCUAAUCAUUAAUUUAUUACUUGUCUUUAUUGCAGCAGGAACACAGUCAUGAGAAAUACAUUGUGUCUUUUUAUUAUUAUUUUUUGACUAUAAAGUGUAUGUUUUCUCUAAACCACUCAAAGAAUGAAAGCCAGGUGGUGCUAAAGGACUUGAUGCUCUGUUUGCCACCUGGUGAUAAUGUUUGCAAGUUUAAUCCCUCCUCAUCUUCUCUAGAGGUCAAAGAAUAAAGAUAAUCACAUCAAGUCAAACCCUGUUUUAUGGAUCCUAUGAUUGUAGUUAUAGUCAACAGAUCAUGUCAGGCUCAAACAUCAGGUUAUUUGGCUGAAGCACGCAGAGACUUUCAGAGCUAUGAUUGAACUCACCUGUGCCUGCGCUUCUGCCACCCCAUAUCAGCCCAUCACACGCAGUCAGGCCUUGCUGGUUCACCUACGGCGUCAUGUCACUGGGGAGAGACACCGUGUUUGACUCCACACCGCACACCAGAAAAUUCACAUUUAAUCCUAAAGAGGGAAUAGACAACCCAGUGAUGGUCAUCACAGAUGAUGCAGACUCUGUAUGGAAACCCAGCCCACGGUUGUGUGUCAUCAAACGAGAGGAAGGGGAGUCCUUCGGUUUUGAUCUGCGAGCGGAGCAGGGAUGCCAGGGUCACAUCAUCAGAAAUGUGGAGUUAGGAGGGGCGGCGGGGCGAAGUGGGCUUAAAGAUGAAGACAGGCUUCUGGAAUUUAACAACUGCUAUGUUGUUGAUAUUCCUUACACAGAGGUGACCAGGAAAUUAACGCUAAGUGGACACCAGCUGUGCUUACUAGUGGUGGAUGGGAAGGAGUAUGAACGGGCCGUGUCCCAAGGUGUCAACCUUCGAGAUGUGGCCCGAGCUCACAAGGUCGAGGGCUUCAAACCACCCAGACUCUGUCACAUCUCCAGGAACUCUGCCUCAGGUCUAGGGAUCAGCUUUAUGCCUGUGGAAGGAAUAAAAGGCUGCUUCUCUGUGAGCCUGGUGACGGGUGGCCCGGCUGAAAAGGCUGGGGUGCGUAAAGGCGACCGCCUGGUGUGGAUGGACGGAGCAGCCGUGUCUGAGCUCACACACUCUGCACUCAGCAGGAUGAUGAAAAAAUGUGGCAAUCACAUCACCAUCCUAGUGAUUGACAGCGACAGUGAAAAGAAGUACAAGCGGCUGAGGAUGCCCAUCCUACCAGCCAUGGCUGUCCCACAUAACCUGCCUCACCGAGCCCGAAAGCUCCACAUGGUCUCUGGGCCCGAGGGCUACGGCUUCCUCCUCCAGCUGGAGCAGGCGCCAUCAGGACGCUUGUUUCAUGUUCUGCGUAAGAUGAAUAAAGACAGUCCAGCAGAGAGAGCAGGCAUGAGUGACAGAGAGCUGCUGUUGGAGGUCAAUGGUGAAGCAGUGGAGUCACUGCAUCAUGAGGAGAUUGUGGACAGAGUGAGGCAGAGUGGGCAGCAGUUGUCCUUGACCACCAUUACUCAACAGGGACUAGAGUUUUACAGCCGGCUGGGUCUAUCACCUCUGCUUUUCUGUGAGGAUGAUGCAGCCGAGAAAGAAAAGGAGAACAGUUCACCUUGCUCAUCAGAGCAGACUAAAACUGAGCAAGAGGUGGGGGAAGAUGAGAUAACAUGUUUGUGAGCAACAAAGGUGCAUCGUUCUGAAGACUGUCUACUGAAGCAGCUGAAGAAAUGACAGAUGUGUCUAACAUUACCGUUGUGACGUUCGCAAUAAGACUGAUCUGAUGGUACUCAUAUGUAACCUGUGAAAUCCAAAUGUUCAAACUGAAUAAGGCUGCGUGAAUUAUGAGUUGUACAAAUUGCAUGUUGUAAAAAUACUUUGGUGUCAUUUUUAUUACUUUUAUGUAGCUGUUUGUCAUUAAUUAUCACAAUCAACAAUAUAUACAAUUAAUACAAUGCUAACUGAAAAAAAGCUAAAUGUAACAAACAAAAAAAAACACAAUAACAACUGGCCAUUACUAUUCUUAUAUUGUAUUAAGUGUGAUGUACUGUAUGUGCUUUGUUUUUUUGUGUGUAUGUGCUUUCUGAUAUUUUGUACAUGCAGUAUUAAGUAUUGCUUGUAUUCAGUUAGAUGGAAAAAGGGAAAUGUAUAAAAACAAAUAAAAAUUUCUUGGAAAAGAUGCAAAGUGCAAACAUAUCAAACAAUUGUGAAAAGGCAACAAAAAGGAUGGAUUGUAGGCAUUCAUAUACAUCAGGUAGGUCCACUACACAUAGACAAAGUAUAAUAUGACCAUAUCAUAAACAAAGGUUUUUGGCAGAUUGAAUGCAACUCAGAUCGAACGUAAUAAACUAGGGUAGCUCCUCCAAUUUAAUCUAAGUUUAAAUAGUGUAUUGGUUCCUAUUUGAUUUGAAAUGUCUUAUUCAAGUCUUUGACAGAAUAUUUCAUGAUGAGUAACCAAUAGGUUCACACACGCUAUUACCGAAAAUAACUUAUAUCUUUUGCCUUAAAUAAACAUUGUUUUUUUUAUAAUAAAAAAUAAAAUAAAAUAAAAUAAAAUAAAAUAAAAUAAAAUAAAAUAAAAUAAAAUAAAAUAAAAUAAAAUAAAAUAAAAUAAAAUAAA